UAUGCUGACGACACAUUCAUAAUUCCGAGGACGUAUAUAAUACAACGUGCGGGAUCAAGUCUGAAACUGAGCUGUGUACUGCGGGUUAGAUCAGAAGAACCAUGCGUCUUGUUCACCUCGUUGUCUUCUUGUCGAUGCUGACAUUAGCAGAUGCAGGGAAGUCUCGCUGUCCAGUGGGUUUUAUUCAACACGGACGCUCCUGUUACUGGUUCUCCAAUGUGCGAGGAUCAUUUCCAGAAGCUGCUAGUUACUGUCGGUAUUUCGGGAGCCACCUUGCGAUAAUAACGAGCAGGGAUGAGGACAGUUUCAUCAGAGGCUAUGCAAGCCGCCAUGGUAAAGGUCCCCACUACUGGAUUGGUGCCACGGAUCUGAUCCUAGAGGGAAGGUGGCUGUGGGAAGGACACCAUCCUGUGACCUACACAAAUUGGAAUCCUGGGCAGCCUGACAAUGCUUAUGGUAGGACUGAACACUGCCUGGAGUUGAGGCAGUCAUAUCACUACAGAUGGAAUGAUUAUAUCUGUGACAAGAAGUUGCAAUUUAUUUGUGAAACAGAAGUUUAAAUAAUUUCCACAUGGCAGACACACGGAUCAUGUUUGUUUGACAAUAAACGUGGGAAUUAAGUUAA